AUGCACAUUCCUGCAGCUCAUGUUAGGAGACUUGAUAAUCUUCAUGCACUUACGAGUUUUCCGAACAACCAACAAGCUCUCAGAAUCGAACUGACAAAAAUAGGACAAAGGGAACCGACAGUAUUGCUCUAUCACAAAUUCGUCGUCGGCUCCAAACAGGAGGGUUACAAGCUGACCGUUGCCGACUACGAGGGUCCUCAUCAAGAUUACGACGCGUUGUCCUACCACAACGGACAGAAGUUCACCGUCAAGAAGAGGAUGACGCAGCCACCCGACGGAGACAGAUGCUCCGCAAGACUAAGUGGUGGCUGGUGGUUCAAGGAUUGCAACGAGGCAAAUCUUAACGGACGUAAAUUCACCUACACUUCGCCAACAAAGGCCCUCGGUAUUACCUGGCACAUCAAAGGCCAAGAAGAAUCCUACUAUUAUCCCUACGACAGUGUGGAGAUGAAGAUCAGGGACUACGACUAUGGUUUCUGCACGGGCGCUUUUAGAUCCAAACGUAUCUAAUUUCUAAUUUCUGCUUCGGUGCAAAAAAAAAAAAAAGCACUAUAUUGAGCUGAAGUUGCCAUUUACGAUAUGCUCCGUUAAUUUCUCGCUUUUUGACUUUUUUUCUGCAAGCUUUGGAAAUAAAAUAUCACUG